AUGGCCGCGCCGAUUCUGGCGACCGUCUUGCUCGCCUUCGCCGCCGAGGUCACCGCAGUCACCGCGGGCGGCGUCGAUGUCACCGCCGCAACCCAGUACGGCUCGGUCGUUGGUAAAUACUCGCGGUACGAUGGCGUCAACCGGUUCUUUGGCAUUCCUGUCGCCGCGACCACCGGUGCAGCGAACCGCUUCAAAGAGCCGCAGCCACCGGCUACCUGGGCUCUCCCUAUGACGACAAUCGAGAGCAAGCAGUGCCUUCACGUCGGCGACUCCGGAGUAGUAGGCAGUGAAGACUGCCUCGCCGUCGACAUCAUCGCGCCAUCAAACCCCCUCGACCUGACCGGGUCGCCCACCGUCGCCGCGCCUGGGUCAUACCCGGUCCAGGUCGUGCUCGGAGGAUCCUUGGACCCAUCUCUCCUCAAGGACGACACGUACGCCGGACCUGGCGAGAAGCCGGUUGUCACCGUCAGGGUCACCCACCGAGUCGGCGUCCUAGGUGGCCUGUCGCAUCCCGCGCUCCGCAAUGGGAUUGACGGAAACUCGUACAGUGGGAACUGGAUGCUACACGACGUCCUCAAUGCCCUGCGCUGGGUCCAGGCCAACAUCGCAAGUUUUGGAGGCGACCCCAAUAAGGUUGCGGUCCACGGGCAGGGCACGGGCGCCACGCUCGCGGGCCUGUUGUUGGCGUCACCUCUGUCCUACAGCGGCACCUACGCCGUGAGCGGACCCCUCUUCUCCUCCAUUAUUAUGCAAUCCCCGGUUAGUUUGGGCGGUCCAAGUGCCUUCUUCUCGCAGGCGGUCCGCGACGCCGCUGGCGCAGAGACGGUUCGGAUCGCAGGCUGCGCCGAAGAUUACGGAUCGCUAGAAGCGUCUACGGGGACGCUCACGUCCAUCGCCGAAUGCCUGCGCUUUUCCACCACUGCGGCACUCCUCCAGACGUCCCCAUAUCUGGUGGAUGUGGUUACAUUCGACAGCAAUUUUGGAGACGGCACUGCAUUUCUGCUAUACAGCCAUGACUUGGCAGUCAACCCUGUGGUCGAUGGCUACGCUCUCCCCUUGCCACCGCUCGAUCUCAUCGAGGCGGAGAAUGGUGCUAACGUCAACGUCAUCAUUGGGCAGACUAUCGACGACUACGCACCCUUUUUGGACGAUGAGCCGCCAGACCUGGCUGGCGCAGCGGGUGUGGCAGCGUAUCGCAUCUUGUACGGUCCCCUUGCCGCAUAUGAGUUGAACCACACUGCAACCAUCGGUGAUCUGCAGGCGGCCAGCCUUGCGCUCCCGAUCGGAACCAUCGAGAGCUACUACAGCUCCAUCGCAGAUCCAUACCAGCAGAUGGUCGCGGCGAGCACUGAUGGCUACUAUUCGGUCAAUCUGAAUAAUGUCAUUGACAAGCUGGUGGACCAGGAUGCCCGCACGGCAGGCACCGUCUUCCGCUACUUGUUCGCGGACCCCAUACAGGAUGAGGCCUGGCCGGCGCCACUUGAGCCGUCGCCCUCUCCUGCCGAUCCUCUCCCCUCGCCCGAACCUUCUCCGUCACCGUCUGCGCAACCCUCAAUCGCACGCUGGGGAGUCCCAAACAUGGCCGAUCUCACGUUCACUUGGUCCUUGUACUCGGCGGGCAAGAAUGUGAUGACGGACAUCAUUCCAAUGACGGCCGGCAGCGUCACCUACACUGCCGAGCAAAAUGAGAUGGGCGCCAGCAUGAAGACAUACUGGACCAACUUUUUCUAUGACGGAGUGCCGGGCACGAAUGGGAUCACUGCGUGGGCACCUAGCACGCGCACCGAAAGGCACACCAUCGUCUUCCAAUCGACCGUCCUAGGCGGUGCUGCCCUCGACCCCUGCGCCAUGUUCACGUCUUGCAUGGCCGAGCCCACUGCCGACUUCCGCCGGUCGCAGCAUUCGUUUUGGACGUCGGGGCUUAUCAGCCAGCCCGCCCUCCCAACCUGCUCGCCGGUGAUAGUCGGCCUCAGCCACAUCAGUCCAUGGCAGUUUACCUCGAAUUGCGGCGUCGAUCUUCCCCUUAACUCGCCCCGGCCCAGUCGAACCCCAACUCUGGAGUCGGGCCUCGAGGCCGGAAACAAGACAUAUGAAGGUAGCUACGACGUUUCGCCUGGCGGUGGCGCGUGGAUCGUGCUCCACAGGCUGCCACAGCCUUUAGACAUUACGCUUUACGGAGUGCACGCUCGGAAGAACACGCUUUGCUGA